CAACCCGGCUCCUAUCCGGCCAACAUCAAGUGGCCAGCACAGCAUCCAUUUUCCCGCACGGACCCUCGGCUGCAGGUACGUUUCUGCGCACUCCGCGCGCCGUUUCGACCUGGCCUGCCCCCGCAGUGCUGCACGAGGCAUCCGUGUGACUUCGCGCGAUUCCGCCACGUACAGGAAGGGACCUAGCCAAGCGAAAGGAUCCCGCAACGCUCUGCGCCUCCCUCUUGGCGAAGGUUCACCUCCAGGCCCCUGUCUACCAACAUCAGGGAGCGAGCCGCGGAGCAAAUGAAGGCGCAGCGGCGGGCGGAAGACGGGCGGCGGCAACGAGCGCGCAGCUGCCUCCGCUCUUGCGUCAUCCUUGCCAAAGGACCGUCUCCUCUGCUCACCUGUUCCCGUCCUGCGAGCUGCAUCUGCACCUGUCGAUGUCGAAGGACACAACACGCAACGAGCUGCGCACGUUUGUCCCACUCUGGCCUCCACUCUGAGCCUCGAUGCAGCUUACUCGACGGAAGCGCCCCUCAGCACGCCGACGGCUCACGCUCCCGUUUGGCAGCUCUCACCUCUUACGUCCUCUCCUCAUCCCCUUGCGCCUGUCGCACUCGCUCCAGCCUCGCCCUACUUCGCCAGCCAUCUGCGAUGCCCACUACCCUUCGCCGCCUCUUCCGCGAGCGAGGGCCUGGCCGCUCGCAUUGUCACACGCCCACUGAUGGCGCAGUCGGCGCAAAGACACAGGCAUCCUCGCCGCCAAACGACCGGCCUGACUUCACGAGCAUCGAAGACAAGGCGCCGCCGCAGCAGCAGCUGCUACAGGACAGCGUCUACGUGCCAGACAGCCGGGCCGCGUCCCUGCUGAGAAGCAGCAGCAAGCCGACGACGUGGCGCCAGCGGCUGCUGCGCGUCUCGUCGACACGCCGCUCCGGCGCCUCGCCUCCAGAGACGGCAGCGGCAAGGACAGAACGCACUCGCGCACGCCUCCAGUCAGCGCCCGACCAGCCGGUGCCUCGCGCCGAGCAGCCGCGAACGCCUUUGACACCGGGCAGGAAGCGCGCUAGCACCGACGCCACGCCAUCCCUGAAGCGCAGCGUCUCGGCGAGAUCAGACGAGCGGCGUGCCCGCCCGGGCGAUGCGCUCCCUCGGCAUGACAAGCACAGCCGUGCCGUCGGGCGCCAGGCGUCGGAUCCGUUCGCGGCCCUCCCGAUGCUCCCUGCCUGGCAGACGGAUGCGCGUGUGCCGAGCCUGCGGGGCGACGAAUCCUUUCUGCGCUGCGCCAGCUCGCCACGCACCACGUCCCCCGUGGUUUCCCCUAGCAUCGCCCGAGUCAUUCAUCGCGACUACGCUUUUCCCUCGAUGCCGGCGCCCGACCACGGCGAGGAUGGCGCGCCGCCGCCGCCGGGCGUAGACGCAGAGUGGGACGAAGUGCGCGGCCAGGCGCAAGCAAAGAUUGCCUCCUGGAGAGCGGUGAGCCCUGCUGUUGGCGCAUCAAGGGCCAAGGCCCGCACCUGCGCUAAUCCUUCGCACAGCGCAUGCAAACGGGCGGCUCCGAGUCCUCGGCCGAACCAUGCACCGAGCGCAUCCGCAUGCUUCCGCCGCUGAGCCGGCCUUCGACGCUCAAGGGCGACGGUCCAGUCUCCGGCGACAACGCGGAGAGCUGCGCCACCUCCCUACUGCAGCAGCAGCUGCUUGCGCUGCUCACACACGACGAGGUGCUGGCAGCCGCGGCCGCGACCGCCGUGCCAGAUGCCGUCGACCGGGCAGGCGCGAUCCGUCG